CAGAGUCCUCUAUGAUCUCACCACGAGGGGGAGCAAGGCCACUUGGAAUGAAGUUUCUUUGAUAAGUGGGAGGAGACGGAGCAGCUAUGAUGGAUAACCGAAGGACUUGGUGGCAGCAGUGGACCGACAUCAAUAUCAAACCUUUGAACGUCAUGAGGGCCACUCACGAGCCCUACGCCCGGCCGGAGGAGCAAGUACUGAUCAACCGCAGAGACAUCACUAGCACGAGGGAUACCUGGGACAUGCAGGAGUUCAUCACUCGCAUGUACAUCAAGCAGCUGCUUCGUCACCCAGCCUUCCAGCUGCUGCUGGCCUUGCUGCUGGUGGUCAACGCCAUCACCAUUGCUCUGCGCACCAACUCCUUCCUUGGCCAGAAACACUAUGAGUUGUUCUCUACCAUAGAUGACAUUGUGCUGACCAUCCUUAUCUGUGAGGUCCUCCUCGGCUGGUUAAAUGGCUUCUGGAUUUUCUGGAAGGACGGCUGGAACAUCCUCAACUUCCUUAUCAUCUUUAUCUUGCUCCUGGGGUUCUUCAUUAAUGAACUCAGUGCCAUCUCUAUCACCUAUACCCUCAGGGCGCUUCGUCUGGUGCACGUGUGCAUGGCGGUGGAGCCUCUGGCCCGGAUCAUCCGUGUCAUCCUGCAGUCGGUGCCUGACAUGGCCAAUAUCAUGACCCUCAUCCUCUUCUUCAUGCUGGUGUUCUCCGUGUUCGGGGUCACUCUCUUUGGUGCGUUUGUGCCCAUGCAUUUCCAGAACAUGCAGGUUGCCCUGUACACCCUUUUCAUCUGCAUCACCCAAGAUGGCUGGGUGGACAUCUACAGGGACUUUCAGAUGGAGACAAGAGAGUACGCAAUGGAGAUUGGGGGUGCUGUCUACUUCGCCAUCUUCAUCACCAUCGGUGCCUUCAUUGGCAUCAACCUGUUGGUCGUUGUGGUGACCACCAAUCUGGAGCAAAUGAUGAAGGCAGGCGAGCAUGGACAACUGCAUCAGACAACCUUCCGUGAGACAGGCAAGGAGGAGGAGGAUGGAAGUAACUACCUGCCACUGGUGCACUGUGCGGUCGCCCGUUUGGAGAUGUCUGGCCUCCCCCAGGAGCCACUUACCGGGGGCAACCUGUCUAACCUCUCGGAAAACACCUGUGACAACUUUUGCCUGGUGCUCGAGGCAAUACAGGAGAACUUGAUGCAGUACAAGGAGAUCCGAGAUGAGCUUAACAUGAUAGUAGAGGAGGUGCGCUCCAUCCGCUUCAACCAGGAGCAGGAGGAGGAGCUGAUGCACAAGCAUGUGUCCCUGAGCCUGUCGGUGGCGAGUGGGUCCUCCCUGGACAUCCACGACAUGACUUGCCAGCAAGACUUGAUCACUGCGCUCAUCAACAGGGAUAAGGUUCAGGAAUCCAACACAAACCUGCUCCUUAACAAACACAAGGCCAGCCGCUGAGAGGCAGGACGGGAGCCAAGGGACCUGCGCACACACACCCAGCUGCUGCAUCUUCCUGCACCUCUAGUGUGACUUGGCACAGCCUGGUCUGAGCCCAUCCUCUCCCUUACACCUCGGCAGAUGCCUGGGGCUGAGAAGGGGGUGGCAUGUCCAGGGCUUGUACCUGUGAACCCCAGGUUCAGAGGAAUUCAGAUGGACAAAGAUGCUGGAUGAGAGAGGGAGCCCCACAGCAAGGAUGAGCACCUAGCGGGGGUGCUGGCUAAGGCAGCCAGGGUUUGUCCUAAGGAUGGGCAUCCCUGGUCCUCUGCAUUAGGCCAGAGCUAGAUGGGGCCUAAGUGGGCUUAAGCACCAAGAGGAGAAAGGUGAGGCCAGUGGGGCCAGGCAUCUGUGUAUUGACAAUAAAAUUUUGC